GAAGGAAGAAGAAGAAGAAGAAGAGGGAAGGAAAGGAAAGGGGAAAAAAAUAAUAUUAAAAAAAAAAACGACGUUGGUUGUUAACAAAAAUGGGCAAGAAAAAUAGCAAACUCAAGCAGGAAACUAUCGAACGACUUACCACCGAUACUUAUUUUACUGAAAAGGAAAUUCGACAGUGGCACAAAGGUUUUCUCAAGGAUUGUCCAGACGGUUUAUUAACAGAAGAGGGUUUUAUUAAAAUCUACAAGCAGUUCUUUCCCCAAGGUGACCCAUCCAAGUUUGCAUCCCUAGUCUUCAGGGUGUUCGAUGAGAAUAGCGAUGGUACGAUAGAAUUUGAAGAAUUCAUAAGAGCACUUUCUGUUACGUCACGAGGCAAAUUGGACGAGAAGCUACACUGGGCCUUCCGAUUGUACGACGUUGACGACGACGGUUUUAUCACAAGAGAAGAAAUGUAUGAUAUCGUUGACGCCAUAUAUCAAAUGGUGGGACAACAACCACAAGCCGAGGAUGAGAACACGCCUCAAAAAAGGGUCGACAAAAUCUUCGAUCAAAUGGACAAGAAUCAUGACAAUAAGCUUACCCUUGAAGAAUUUCGAGAGGGUAGCAAAGCGGAUCCAAGGAUCGUUCAAGCUUUAUCAUUGGGUGGCGAGUAACCAUAUACAGCUAAAACUUAUUAUCAGAAAAGGACAGACGAGAGAAAAGGAACAUUUCUUCGAAGAUUCUUCCAACUCCUCUUCGUUGGGAGAUGGAAAGAAAGAGAGGGUAGAUUGGGGGGUGGUUGGUGGGGGUUGGAAUGAUUACUUCGUCGUUUUGAUUUAUCUAAAUCCCAUGGAAAAAGAAUGGAACGUGAACAAACGUAGGAGUAAUAAAUAACGUUAUGAAAGAAAACAAAAAAAAAAGAAAAAAAAAUAAAAAAAAGAAUGGGACAAAAAGGAAACAAAAACCUGAAGAAUAGGGGUGAAAAAAAAAGAUAUAAAUAUAGGUGUAUGUGUGUCACGUUUGGUUAUCAGCAUGGUGUAAAAGAUAACUAAAAUGAAAAAUAGAGGAAGAAAAAAUGGGAAUAAAAAGAAACAAUAAACGAAUUAAACGAAAACACGUUGGAAUGAAAAAGAAAAUGGCAAAGAAUAAUUCGCAUGAUGAAUUCAAUGGGGUGGUGGAGGGUAGAAUAAUAACGAAAAUGAAGAUAAAGGAUAAAGAAGAUGAUAAAAAUGAAGAGAAUA